AUGGUGGUUAGAAAAGUCGGCAUUUACGAGGUCGGAAGGACGAUUGGGGAAGGUACUUUUGCAGAGGUGAAGUUCGCUCAGAACACUGAGACUGGUGAGAGUGUUGCUAUGAAAGUCCUCGACCGAAGCACCAUAAUCAAGCACAAGAUGGUCGAUCAGGUUCUUGCAAGCCGUACUAAGAUUUAUAUAAUCUUGGAGUACAUUACUGGUGGUGAAUUGUUUGACAAAAUAGUUCAUCAUGGCCGGCUUAGUGAAGCUGAAUCCAGGAAGUACUUCCAGCAGCUAAUUGAUGGUGUAGAUUAUUGCCACAGCAAGGGAGUAUACCACAGAGAUUUAAAGGGAGUUAACCUACUCCGCACAACGUGUGGGACUCCAAACUAUGUAGCACCAGAGGCUCAUUACAAUAGUGCACUAAAAUUUUUCGUUGUUCUCAACCUUAUAUGUCCUGUUGCUAUCAGUCUCGUUAUUUGGCGUAUUACCAUCGAACAGGUCAGAGAGGAUGAAUGGUUCAAGAAAAAUUAUGUUUCUGUCAAACUUUUCGAAGACGAAGAUGAACAAAGGACCGAGGAACAACGUGGAAACGAGCAGCAAAUGAGCCCUCUGAUCCUUGAUGCAUUUGAUUUAAUAGUUCUAUCUCAAGGCUUAAACCUGGGAGCGAUGUUUGACCGUGGCCAGGAUUCUAUGAAGUACCCAACACGCUUUGUCAGCCAGAAGCCUGCAAAGGUUUUAUUGUCAACUGUGGAAGUUGUAGCUCAAUCAAUGGGUUUCAAGACGCACAUUCGCAAUUACAAGAUGAGAGUAGAAGGUCCAUCAGCAAGCAAAACUUCGUAUUUCUCAGUCAUUAUGGAAUUCUACAAGAGCUUAUAUAGCAAUCUUGAAGAUAUCAUCUGGAAACCUUCAAUUGACACCAGCAAAUCAAGGAUCGCCAAGAACAAGAGUAAGAAACGUUGA